UAUGUGCAGUUUUGAAACAAGUUAUACGUUUUACAGACGCUAUAAAUUUACUCCUAUUGUCUUCUGUUUCUCUCCUCUUGUCUUUUCAUGAGGGCUGUGAGUAUUGAGAAAUUACUCCAGCUGGGAAAGACAACAGCAUUGUUUGGAUUCCGGCAGCAACCUUCGUCAACUAAGAAAAUGCGAGGAAAAAAUUUGCCAAGUAAAGUUGUUGUCAUCCUAUGCAUUGCAAGUUUUCUUGCCGGUUCGCUUUUCACUAACCGGACAAACUGGAACCGGACAUCAUCUUCUGAGAGUAACAAUGAGCAUGGUGGUAACAGACAUCCGAUUGCAACUGUAGAUCAUCUGGAGAAUAAGCAACUUUCACAAAUCAAGACUGCAGAUUGUGAUCACAAAAGGAAGCUGGCUGAAGGAGAUCCUGGAGAUGUCAUGGGAGAAGUGUCAAAGACCCAUGAUGCAAUUCAAUCACUUGAAAAAACAAUGUCAAAGCUGGAGAUGGAAUUGGCAGUGAACCGUAUGUACCAUAAUAAUGAUCCUGCAACGCACGACGACGACGCUAGUAAAAACCAUACACUGCAGAAAGCUUUUGUUGUCAUCGGUAUUAAUACUGCAUUUAGUAGCAGAAGGCGUAGAGACUCUAUCCGCGAGACAUGGAUGCCCACAGGAGAGAAAUUGAAGAAAUUGGAAAAGGAGAAAGGGAUUGUCAUCCGAUUUGUCAUAGGGCAUAGUUCGACUCCAGGUGGUUAUCUUGAUAGAGCAAUUGAUGCUGAGGAAGCACAAUACAAAGAUUUUCUUAAACUUGAGCAUGUAGAGGGUUACCAUGAGCUGUCUGCUAAGACUAGGACUUACUUUUCCGUGGCAUCUGCUAUCUGGGAUGCUGAUUUCUACAUGAAGGUGGACGACGAUGUUCAUGUCAAUUUGGGUAUGCUUGUCACUAGAUUGGCAAAACACAGAUCUAAACCAAGAGUGUAUAUUGGGUGCAUGAAGUCUGGUCCAGUUCUAUCUCAAAAGGGAGUGAAGUAUCAUGAACCAGAGUUCUGGAAAUUCGGAGAAGAAGGGAAUAAGUACUUCAGGCAUGCAACUGGUCAAAUCUAUGCCAUCUCCAAGGAUCUUGCUGCAUAUAUCUCUAUCAAUUCGCCUAUACUGCAUAAAUUUGCAAAUGAGGAUGUUUCACUUGGCUCAUGGCUCAUCGGAUUGGAAGUUAACCACGUUAAUGAUCGCUCUAUGUGUUGCGGGACUCCUCCAGAAUGUGAAUGGAAGUCGCUGUCUGGAAACGUUUGUGUUGCAUCAUUUGAUUGGUCUUGCAGUGGAAUAUGCAAAUCUGUAGACAGAAUGAAAGAUGUGCACACUGCAUGUGGGGAAGGAGAUGAAGCUGUGUGGAAGGUUGACGAUCUUUAGAUAUCUGACUCUGAUCAGAAAAGAAAAAAGAAAAUUUUCUUCUCCCAAGUUAUUUAGUUAUCUUGUUCCUUUCAUGUUGUAUUUCUUAGAUUUCAUCUUCCAACCCCAAUCGCAUUUUAAGGUUUGUAUUCUAAUCAACUUUCAAUAUU